CAAAUAAAAUGGCCGAUACGUGAGGCUAGUUUGUAUGGACAGUAAAAUAUGCAAUUAUGUAAAAUUAAUGACCGUCGGUCGUGCGUGCGAUCAAGUCAAAGCGUAGCCCCGUGAUCGCGAAACGCGGAAAAAGUAUACGGAGUGCGAGUGAGCGGGUGGGAGUGCCGCGAGACGAAGGUGGAGAUUGUCUUUGAAGAUCCGUGGACGCCGCGGGCCCGAAGCCGAAACGAGGGAUCACUUAUGGUCUCCAACACAUAGAAAACCGAGUGGUCCGCUCGUACGGUGUGUUUUCCUCCGUUAGCGGACAGUGGUGUGGCGCAACGAUACGAAAAUUUCAGACAAGUUUGGCCCGUCGGAACGCUUGAAACCGCGAGAAACGGCCUCUGUGCUCGACUCCCGCAGCCCGCUCCGAUACUCCCGACGCGACUCUCCAGUCGCGGACCCAACACGGUAGUCUCGUUUCGUCUCGACUUGACUCGACUCGCGCGAAUUCACCUUUUUCGGAGCCCACGUUGCAAUUCCGAGAUUGGCGUAAGCGCUUUCGAAGCACGUUGCACGCAACACACAACACGCACACACACAUACACGUACGACUCUUUUCCUUCUCGAGAAACAUCUAGUUCUCCUGGCCACAUGCUAGCAGCUCCGUUUUCAUACUCGACCUAGGCCUACGGAUACGGAUCGGGUCUCAAACUCAUCUUCUCUGGCACAAGAUAUGACACCUUUGUUUCGCAUCCAACGUCGAGAUACUGGAGUGUGACGGGUACGUUUACUUGGAACCUCUCAAGAUAUUUCCCACGGAUCAGUUUGUUGUAGUGGAAAGGAUCGGCGCGGAAAAUGCAUUGACAGAUACAGAGGAACCCGUCACCACCGUAGCUGCUGCUGCUGCUGCUGCUGCCACCACUACUACCACCACUGCUGUCGUGUCCAGCCAGACUAACCCAUCUGUCAGGACAAUGUGUACCGCGCCUGGCAAUGCCGGUACAUUUGGGUAUCCUUGGCCCUUUCCUGGGUCAGGGACAGAGACCCGGGAGAAUACCCAGAACGACCUCGCGACCAACAUCAGUUACGCAGUCAACAAUAACCAAGAUCAGGGUUCGAGCCAAAAGAUACAGGUGGACAUCAAGCCAACCAAGGUUGCCACCACUGCUCAUCGUCGCCCAAUGUUCACAAUGAACGAGAGUUGUCAACAGAUACCCACCACGCAUCACGGCCACACCGGUGGAGCGCAUAAUCAAACUACCCAUGGCACUCACGUCCGCACCAAAAAGCAUCACGAUGUAUUCUCCUUGACCUGUGACAAGGGGGGUUGUAAUUGCGACGCGUCGCAUCCGACACCGCCGCCUUCUCUGUUUCCAAACGCCUUAGUCUUUACAACAACCGACAAGCAUACCAUGAGUAAGCACUUCAUGACACCCAUCGGACCACUGCAGCUCACGGCAGAAGAGUGCAACGAGAUACUGAUGAAGAGAGCGGCCGCCGCCUCUAAUCAAUCCACCGCCGCAAACAACGUGGCGACCAGCCAGACGGACAGUACCACCGCUCAUUUCGGACACGUUCUCACCCAUGUGAACACCACGCAAAUCGAGACCAAGGUGAAACAACAACAGGACAUGGGAAGCCAGGCCCGCGCUCCAAAGGAACGACCUUACACUUGUUCCGAGUGCGGCAAGUCUUUCCUCUUGAAACAUCAUCUUACGACGCACGCGAGAGUCCACACCGGGGAACGGCCGCACGUCUGCGUUCAUUGCAGCAAGACUUUCGCGCACAAACACUGUCUUCACACGCAUUUGCUGUUACACAGCGCCGAGAGACCGUACCAAUGUCGCGAAUGUAAAAAAUCUUUCACCCUGAAGCAUCAUCUUGUGACGCAUACUCGCGUACACACGCGAGAACGACCGUUUGUCUGUCAAGAAUGCGGUAGGGCAUUCCCUCUGAAACGUCAUUUAGUGACCCACAGCAAGUUCCAUUCCGGGGAAAGACCUUUCGUUUGCGAAGAGUGUGGCGAGUCAUUUUCGCAGAAGGAUCACCUCACUAUGCAUUCGCGCUUCCACGGCAGUCUACAUCCGUUUGUUUGUCACGAUUGCGGUGCAACCUUUCAAAGGAAAUUUGAAUUGGUUAAUCAUGGCCGACUACACGGUAGAAUCCCGCAAUCGUGUACCGUUUGUGGGAAAGAGUUUCUGCAGAAGAGAACACUUUUAGCUCACAUGCGCCUACACACGGGCGAAACGCCGUUUGCUUGUACCGUUUGCGGGGAAGCAUUUCCACGGAAAGCAGACUUGGUCGCUCACUCCAAGAUUCACAAUAAUAACGCAAACACCGACGAAAAAUCUCUUACGUGCAGGGAAUGCGGAUUGGAAUUUACGAAUCGAGAGGGUUUAACUUUGCAUCUGAGGUUACAUUCUGGUGAUCGGACCCUUGUAACGGACCUUUGUGGGCUAGCCGCCGCCUUCCAACAAACCCCGGGACAUUUCCUUACUCCAAACACUCCAGGAACUCAUCAGAUGAACGGGCCAAUAGGAACACCUGGCGUCAGUCAUAUGCACGGUGCAACGCAAACGUCGCCACCGGUGGGUGCCGGGCCAAAACCUAAACCGCACAUUUGUCCUGAUUGUGGUCGCGGCUUUGCACAAAAACACGGUUUGUCGCAACAUCAACGACGUCACACGGAUGGCAGUUGCCACAUAAGAUCCCACGUAUGCGACAAGUGUGGCAAAGCUUUCUACCAGAAGAAUCAUUUGUUAUUACAUCAGCGUCAGCAUAUGGAUCCGCCACCUAGCAUACUUAGACAACAACAGAGACAGGCUGCUCAAGCUGCUGCCCAACAACAGCAGCAGCAGCAGCAGCAAGCGCAACAACAGGUACAGCAGCAGCAGCAGCAGCAGCAACAACAACAGGUGCAGCAGCAACAAAUGCAGCAGCAGCAGUCGCAACAACAGCAGCAGCAGCAGCAAACGUGUACCGUCGACACAAAGACAAUUCAGUUACAGGCGAUACAGCAACAAGUGCAACAACAGGUGCAACAACAGGUACAGCAGCAGCAACAGCAGCAGCAGCAGCAACAACAGCAGCAAACGCAGCAACAGCAAGCAUGUUCCGUGGACGCUAAAGCAAUACAGUUGAAUGUCACCAUGUGAGACGGUAUAAAGACAAAGAGCUGCAGAAUCUUUGAAACGAUAGCACUCCCAAAUGCGCACCCAGCUGCCACCCUCUGCACGCACUUCUCUUGUACUAACGAUAUAUAUUAGAUAUAUAUUUAUUACGCUAGUUUCAAAUAU